AUGAAGCUGAUCCGAGGCAGAUUUAUCCUGGAAGGUCUCCUGACAGUAGUGUGCGCGGUCCUGGCCUUCUUCGUGAUCUGGGAUGAGCCAUCGACCGCGACGUUUCUGUCGGACAGGGAAAAGGCCAUCAUCAUCGACCUGUUGGCGGACUCGCGAGCGAGCUCUAGCGAAGGCCAGCUGGAAGAGAAGAGUGCUUUCGACUGGAAACAAUUCUUGGCAGCAGUUCUAGACUGGCAAACAUGGAUGCACGCCAUCAGCUACUGGGGAGCGGCGGUAGCUGUGUAUGCACUCUCGCUGUUCCUCCCGACAAUUAUAAAAGGCCUGGGAUAUAGUUCCGCCAUCGCGCAGCUGCUGACCAUCCCCGUCUACGCCGCUGCCUCCAUAGCGUGCAUUGCUGUGGGCUACUUCUCAGACCGGAUGGGCCAGAGGAGUCUCUUCACGCUUGUCUGCUAUGGCGCUGUAUUUGUUGGCUUCCUCAUCGCCGUUGCCCCCAGUCGAUUCAUUCCAGGCUUGACGUACGCAGGAUGCUUUAUCGCUGCCAGUGGCAGCUACCCAGCUAUACCGGGCCUCCUAGCCCUGUCGUCCAACAAUUACGCACCGGCUACGAAACGCGCUGUCGGAAUGGCGAUUCAGAUUGGGCUUGGGAGUUUAGGAGGCGCGGCGGCGUCCAAUUUCUACAAGAAAACAGACGCCCCCAGGUAUCGCCUGGGACACUCCCUGGUGCUGGCCUUUGUGGCAUUGGGCUUCCUGACCGUGGUCCUCUACUAUUUCCUGUGUCGGAGGAUCAAUGCUAAACGCGACCGUGGAGAAGCAACGGCCAGCCAGAACCCGGAUGGGAUAUUCGAAAUGGGCGACAAGGCACCGACUUUCCGCUAUAAUCUGUAA